AUGGCGAAAAUGACAAGUGCAACUGGAUUAAUGGAAGCCCGUAUCCGACCGAUAGAUCGCCCUAAACUUCAGCGUAUAGAACUUUCGGGCACUACCAGACCCGCGCCUAUUCUACUUCGACCAUUUUCCGGUCUCUUUAAUCCUUACCCUUAUGGCUGUUCUGUACUAUGUAAUCAUCCGGCUGACUGCGAAGCCAAAGAGGUCCUUCGACGAGCUAAGGAUUCAUGGGCGACGGAGGGAAAGGCUCUUCUGCUGCCAGAAGAGAUGGAGAUGAUCAGAGCAAGUGUAGCAGCAGCGGCAGCAGCAGCUGGCGGCGCCGCAGACACGGUUGGACCGGCCGAAAAUAUGAAAGCAAUUAACGUGGACACCGCCACGGUACCAGAGGAACUAUUUCGCAAAUAUACGGAAACGGAUUCCAGACCGUUAACACCUGCGCCCACGCUCGCCAGUGGUCCCGCGCUGUCGAAUAGACUGCACGAUGACAUACCGGCAACCUGUAAUCCCCAAGAACGCACCACGCUGAUCUUGGAUCUCAGGGCGAACUCCAAGAGGCAGAUGGAAAACGAAACCUUUACUUGGCAUGCUCUGACUCUAGAGCCGCCUCCAACUCCUCGUAAAGCUAAAAUAGUUGUACCAAAAUCACCUCUUCGACAUCGAUCGCGUUCGCCUAAGCCAUCAGCAGAUGCGCCACCGCCGAGUCCGUGCGAAGACAAUUACGAACCGAGUUCCGGUAGAGUUGUAGAAGAAGAUAGUCCAGGAAGAGCGAACAAGGAGCUUGCAGUCAUUCGACGACGAGGGAAACGCUUGCGAAAAGGGAAGAACCGUUGUGGUUCAGCUUAUAGACAACACACAGAAGUCCAUGACCUGCUAGAGCCAAUGGAAACUCAAAUAUCUCAUAUAGGAGACGGUUCUCGAAGAACCUCAGUUCAUACAACAAACGACGACCCAGAAAAUCCGUCUACACCAAAAAAAAUCAGCGCAAUGGCCAGCGGACCUUCUACAAUGCCCGUUAGUUUCAUCGAUGCAGAUAUUUUGAAACACUUAUUUCGCGAACUGGAUCGGGAUAAAGUGGAAGCAGAAUUUUCACUUAAGAGGAGACUCGCGCUGGAAGAAGCUCUACGAGCUAAAGGCGAAAGUUAUCCACGCGCUAGAGGAUACCAAGGAUCGUCGAACUCUAAAGUAGCGAACACACCUAGAGUAUUUUCUCGUCAAGUGGCUCGCUUCGAAAUCCUCGAUAGCGAGAGUCUGCGUGAUUUAACAGUACUGGAUUACCUCAGCAAGCACGUGUUCGUUUCUUCCGGAAGGAAGUUGAUUUUUGGCAGAGCUUUCAACAAAUUUCAAGAAGAAGCGCUGCGAACAACUAGAUGCAUUUUACCCGACGACAUUUGCGAAGCUCUUCAGGAUAUUACCGGCAGGCCUGUGACCGAAGAACAAGAGGCGUACCUGAAGUCUGUGAUCGGUGAGAUCAAGGAGUCCUUAGAUUUCAGAAGCUGGUGCGGUUUUUGUGCUGCGGUGGAGCGAUUGCUAUGCCCCCUUCCGCAUAAAGAUGUGGAUCCUCCAUCGUGGUUGGAAAAAGUUGACUUCGAGGCUUUGGAAAGAAGAUUGAAAUGCGUCAAUGUGAACCCCCAAUUAGCUGUGUUCCUAAGGGAAAUUCGGAACAAAUGAAACAACGGAGUCGAAGCCGGUUACUAAUAAUAAGUUACGAGUUUUGCCCAGUUAAUUAGAGUUAAUCGAAGCAUCGUGUGCUUGUUAAUUAUUUCUCGCCAUCGUAUGACACGCACGAUGAAAGGAAACCAGAAUUAUAUCGAUAACAAUUUUUAUUGUCAAUAAUAGCUGAUAAGAGGAACUUGUUAAAAACAGUUUGUAAUAUUUUAUGCUCGACAUCCUGUAUAGUGAUAACGAGUGGGUCGUAAAAAACGGUUCGAGUGAUAUUUCCGUUACAGAAUGUAGCGCGAUACUACAAUGGCCGUCAUUAAAAAGUUUCGAAGACGUAAACGAGGCUUCGCUAUGGUUGCCGUGCAGAAGCAGCAAGGAGAACGAUUGUUUAUCAUAAAAUAUCAGGUGGUUUCUGAUUUUCGAAUACAGGACCAAGUGGAGUAAAGAAAUAUAUACAAGAACUGCGUUCGUCGCACAAUUUUAUUGCCGGAGCGAACUCGCCAGUACCUACUCGAGCGUAUACAAUUAUUAUAACCAUCUUCGGUUGGCUACCGACAAUGUACAAACUGUUCGAGCUCUUCCCUCCUUUUCUCUCUCUAUUUCUCUCGCGCGCGCGCUCUUUCUCUCGCUCUCACGUUCUCUCCCU